GGCCCGGCGUCGCGGCCUCCCUAGCGCCAUGCUGGGCUUUCGGGGAGCAGUGCUUGCACGGGGCCUGCGGGUCGUGGCGUCGGCAUGGCUGCGGGACUCGAGUUGCCGUGCGCUGGCAGUGGCGCACACAGCAGGCGCGCCCCGCGCAGGGGACUGGCUGUCCCCAGCCCCACCGCAGCUACACCGGCGCCCGCUCAGCCUUUCGGCCGCUGCGGUCGUGAGCUCGGCGCCCCGCCCUGUGCAGCCCUAUCUGCGCCUCAUGCGGUUGGACAAGCCCAUUGGAACCUGGCUACUGUAUUUGCCAUGUACCUGGAGCAUUGGUUUGGCAGCUGAACCAGGUUGUUUUCCAGAUUGGUACAUGUUAUCCCUCUUUGGCACUGGAGCUAUUCUGAUGCGUGGAGCAGGCUGUACUAUUAAUGACAUGUGGGACCAUGACUACGAUAAAAAGGUUACAAGAACAGCAAAUCGUCCGAUAGCUGCUGGAGACAUUUCAAUUUUUCAGUCCUUUGUUUUUCUUGGAGGACAGCUGACCUUGGCACUGGGUAUUCUUCUGUGUUUGAAUUACUACAGUAUAGCUCUGGGAGCAGCAUCCUUACUUCUUGUCAUCACCUACCCACUAAUGAAGAGAAUUACAUACUGGCCUCAGUUAGCCUUGGGGCUGACUUUUAAUUGGGGAGCAUUACUUGGAUGGUCUGCUAUCAAGGGUUCCUGUGAUCCAUCUGUGUGCCUGCCUCUUUAUUUUUCUGGAGUUAUGUGGACACUGAUAUAUGAUACUAUAUAUGCUCAUCAGGACAAAAGAGACGAUGCUCUGAUUGGUCUUAAGUCCACAGCACUGCGGUUCCAAGAAAACACCAAGCAGUGGCUAACUGGCUUCAGUGUUGCCAUGAUGGGGGCGCUGAGCCUAGUGGGAGUAAAUAGUGAUCAAACUGUACCAUACUAUGCUGCUCUGGCCACCGUCGGAGCCCAUCUAGCUCACCAGAUUUACACCCUAGACAUCCACAGACCUGAGGAUUGUUGGGAUAAAUUUACCUCCAACCGAACAAUAGGAAUAAUCAUUUUUUUAGGGAUUGUCCUUGGGAACUUGUGGAAAGAAAAGAAGAUAGAUGAAACAAAGGCAAAUAAAGAUAGUAAAAUAGAAAAGUAGCAAAUAAAGUUUAGGAAUUAGGAAAACAAAUUUUGACAAAACACCCUCAGGCCUUGCAAGCACAUAAUUAGGUAAAAUAAGCAAUCUGGUGCAAUAUGUUAAAGAAGUAAGAACCAAAAGAUGAAGAUUUAUAUCAUAUUUACCUGGGUUUUAAUUCAUCUAUUUGCUAGCAGAAUUAUUCCCCUGUCACAGAAACCAGGGACUCUUUUAAGAUUUGAGAUGACCUUGAUAUUUAAGUUGAUGCAUUCUUCUGCCCAUUAUAAUUCUCAUCUGAAGUUAUGGAAAUCAUGAGAGUUUUGGCACUUUAGAAAAACCCUGAUGUGUAUCUCAUCAAAAUGAAUGUCUCUGUAGGAAAAUAUAGUUUCUAUUUAUUUUUUAUAUUAUCUAAUUAUAAUUUAUAAACUAGAAACAUGUUUGAAUGUAUCAUUCUUCUCCGUACCCCUUCAGAAUGUUUCCAACACAGCAACCAGAGUAAUUCUCUUAAGUGACCUAAGUAAGGUCAUGUCAUUCCUCUGCCCAGAACCCUCCAGGAUCUCCCCUGGUCGCUCAGUACAAACUCAGAAUCCUGUUACCUGCUAGAGUUUCAUGAUCUGGCUUCAUCUCUCAUUACUCUUCAUACUCAAACCUGCUCCAGCCAUGCUGUGUGCCUUACUGUUCUCAGUCAGUGUAGGCAGACUCCUACCCUAGGGCCUUUUCAUAUACUAUUCACUUUGCUUGAGUGAAAACUAGGUCUUACUCCUUUACUGCAGGUCUUUUUCUCUUCCCCGCUUCCCUCCCCCCUACCCAUCCUUUCUUCCUUCUUUUCUCUCACUGAAUUGUGAUCUUCCUGCAUCCACCUCCCAAGUCACUGGAAUAUAAGCACGCACUACUGCACCUGGCUUCCAGUCUUUUCUUGAACCUCACCUUCUCAAAGAGGCUUUUCUUAGUCACUGUUUCUAAAAUUUAUACAGAUAUUACCCAUACUUCCUGUCUCUAAAAAGCUCUUCGUUGCUUUUUUCUUGCAGCACUUAUUGUUAACCUAAAAUACCUUUUACUUGAUUUAAGUGACUAUCAUGGACAAUGAAAUGAAGAGGCAAUCACUUGUAUAUGUGGGUUGUGGGCAGCAACAAAUGUUAACUUGUAUAAUAUUGAUGACAGUGACAGUAAUGCAACUGACUGAGCACUUACAUAUUCCCAUCACUGAUCAAUAAGCAUAGGAAAAAUUGUUUAACUUUUUCCAGCAAAUAAUGAAACAUUGAAAGUGUUAAGACUUAGGACAGAAGUAGCAGCUGUAACUUUGCUGUAGUAGCAGUGAAUUGAAGGAGGAAGAAGGAGGAACAUGGUACCCUACUUUUAAUUAAAUAUGAUUGCCUUUAAUUUUACCUAAUUCUUACACUGAUCAAGAUAGAAUUUAAGGGCUGGGGAUGUGGCUUAAGCGGUAGCACACUCGCCUGGCAUGCGUACGGCCCGGGUUCGAUCCUCAGCACCACAUACAAACAAAGAUGUUGUGUCUGCCAAAAACUAAAAAAAAAAUAUUAAAAAAAUUCUCUCUCUCUCUAUCUUUAAAAAAAAAAAAGAUAGAAUUUAAAUCUAUUGAUUUGUUUUCUUAAUAAUAUCAUGUUAUAUUUUAAAAUGCUUAACCAUCUUAACCCGUUAUCAUUGACUUCAGUUAAAAGGAGGAUGAAUGGCAUUGGUUUCAUUUUCCUAAGUUGAAAAAAAUUGAAAGAAAUUUUGGAAUCAAUAAAAAUCUUGCAGCCAUUUGUGAAGAAUCGGGGCAGGAGAAGAGAAAGUUAAUUCAUAGAUUCACUUGCUCUCAAAAGCUGCUAAAACUUAACUGGAUCAUUUUAGUUCUUUCACAUUUCUGUUUUUGUCUUCCAGUAGACAAGCAGAAAAAAAAAAACAAUAUAAAUGGGUAAGAGUAAGAUAGGAAAAAAAAGAUGAAGUAGGAUAUUAGCCUCUAGAAUCAAGGACUCAAAACAAUUCAGGCUCAGAAAGAACAAUUGUCAUCCAUCUACAGUGAAGAUUGUCUGUACCGUGUAUAAUUAUGAGGGGUAUUGCCAGACAUAAAAUGACAGUGGGAGUCACCAGUCUUGGGAAAUCUAUUAAAUGGAUAGAGUCCUUGCUCUAGACAUCUACUUUGGAUUCUGUGAGUCUGUAUAGAGAAAUGAGUGAAAGAGUUCUAUAAAUUGUGGACAAUCAUCUUGCUUAAAUUUAUGAUAUCACAUGUGCUGCCUCUCCCUCUUCCUGAAUUUCUUUGCUACUUUGCUCAAUGCCUAGAUUAGAAAGGCCUUCACAAUCAGGUCCCACCCUACCAUUUCCCAACUCAGCCUCAAACCUCAACCCUCAGGGCCUCUCUUCACUAUCUUCAGAUCACACUCACGCCCUUCUCUGUCAUUACAACUGUUCUGCCAGCAGAUAGUAUGGUGAGGCCCCUGGAGUAAUAGGCCCAGGUGUGAGUACUCUGGCAGUCUUCAGCUAGGACCCCUCUGGCACCAUGUCCUCAUCUGCCAAACUGAGCUAUCAUUAACAUUUAACUAAUUUGGGAUAUGUUUGAGUUAUGGACUGACUUUUAUGCCCCAGAAAACUUCAUAUAUUGAAGUUCUAACCCCUUGUAUCUCAAAAUACCCCUUGUCUGUAUUUGCAGAUAAGAUCUUUAAAGAAGUGAUUGAGUUAAAAUGAGAUCUUUAGGGUGUAUACUAAUCCAGUGUGAUUGAUGUCCUUGUAAGAAGGAAAUCUAGACUAGACACUAGACAAAUGAAUGCAUAGAGACCAUGCACACACACACUGCAAGAAGGUAGCUGGCAUCUGCAAGCAAAGGAUAGAGGCCUCAGGAAAAAACAAACCUGCUAGCACUUUGAUCUCAGCCAUUUUAUAUCCAGAACUGUGAGAAAACAAAUUUGCUUUUUAAGUCACCUAAUCUGUAGUAGUUUGUAAUGGCAGUCCUAUAAAACUAACAGGAAGCCCUGAGCCUGGCAUAGGAAAGCCAUCUACAAAGGGAAUUCACAGAAACACUCUCAUUUUCCUGCAAUUCUUCCUUUUUGUCCCAAAGCACAAAUUUUGGCCCUUCCAGUGUCCACAACUAUAGUUGGCUAAAUAAAACCCUCCCAAAGAUGUCCACAUUAUAAUCACCAGAACUGGCAAAUAUGUUACAUGGUAAAAGGCACUUCACAGAUGACUGAGUUAAGGCUCUUGAGAUACAGAAAUUAUCAGUUUAUGUAGGGGUGCAGCAUAAUCACCAGUUCUUAAAAAAAGGCAGGAAAGUCAAAGGUAGUGAUAAGCCAGGCAUGGUCACACACGUUUGCCUAUAAUCCCAGAAACUUUGGAAACUGAGGCAGGAGGAUCACAAGUUCAAAGCCAGCCUUAGUAACUUAACAAGGCCCUAAACAACUUAGCAAGACCCUGUCUCAUAAAAGAAAAACAAGGUGUUAGGGAUGUGUCUUAAUGGUAGAAAGCCAUUGGUUAAAUCCCUGCUACCUGCCCCCCACACACACACACACACAAAAAGGCUGUGGUAUGAGAUGUGAUAGCAGAAGCAAGAAAUUGGAAUGAUGGGAGAAAGGCAUUAUGAGCCAAGGAAUGAAGGUGGCCUUUGGAAGCUGAAAAAGGAAACCGGCACAUCCUUCAGCAUACAAGAAGGAGUCAGCCCUGCAGACACCUUGACUUUAACCCAAUGGAGCUGAUUUUUGGACUUCUGAUCUCCAGAACCAUAAGAUAAUAAGUUUGUGUCCUUUUAAGUCACUACAUUUAUGGUAAUUUAUUAUAGCAGGCGCAAGAAACCAAUACAACUAUUCCAGCUCUCACUGACCUGUCCUCUGAAUUCCCAGAGCACUUAGUACCAGUGGAGCAGUAGCUAAAAAUUCAAGUCCUGGCCACAGCUGCUUGGGUUGGAAUCAUUGCUUUAAUACCUACUAGUGGGAUGAUCUUGAGCAAAUUCUCUGAUCUCUGAGGUUCAGAUGCUCAAAUAGGGGUGAUAAUAAAUACCUUUUCACAUGAGUUUAAAAUUUUUGUCUCCCCCUGUUAGAAUAAAAAUUUUAUGACAA